GGUAAGCUGCGAGCGGAUUGCUCGUGCUCUCAUCAGUCUCCGGAGUGCGGCAACCGGCUGCUUUUUGUCGUGGAGUGCCCGCUACAUAUCGCGUAAAGGCACUCGGGCUGCUAUGACCGGCUGUAAUUACGUUGAUGUCAUCACGAAGUCGUGCGUAUACUGUUUGAAGACGGUCCAUUAGGCUGUGACAAAGAAGGCAUCUCCGGAGAGAGAGAGAGAGAGAGAGAGAGAGAGAGAGAGAGAGAGAGAGAGAGAGAGAGGUGAGCUAUGGAGACUGCGAAGAAAAUGAUGCACUCGAUUCCAAGUGUACGUCAGAUGAGCUGGAAGAAGCUGGGGCUCAUCGCUGCUGGUGUGGGACUGGCAGCUAUGGCGUUGAUGAUGCUCACUGUCGUGACGUUGGUCGUUGGCACUCCCGUGUUAAUCUUCGGAGGGAUCGCCCUUCUGCUGGCCUCACCAUGCCUCUGUUGCACUGCCCCGCUAUGGCUACCCCCUCUUCUCUUCAUCGGCAUCCCUACGCUGAUUUUCUUCGUCGUAACUGGAGGAAUUGCAAUGUUUCUUGCAGUGAUGGCGAGUGUGGGUUCGUGGUGGCUGUACCGGUACCGCAGGGGCCCUAUGCCUCCAGGUGGCCACCUUGUUGAGCGUAUGAUGGACCGCCUCAGGAAUGCGGCUAGUAGGACCAAGAGCACCUUGAAAAGCACACGAGAUGGAGUUUAUCAGGUGGCGUCUGCGCGUCUGAUCGAGCCCGAACUGUGACAGGAAGAACCGAUGCCUCAAUCAGUCUGUUGUCGGAGACUAAGUUCUGUACCAUGCAGAAUGGAAAUAAUACGGCUCAUGAAAAGCGACUGGAGAUGUUCGACUCAUAAAAAGCGACAGGAGAAAGUGAAACCGAAGUAGGACAUGCCUUUCCUGGCCGUGUGGCUAAAGAUCAAGUGAGUAUCAUUGUGAUCAGUUCAAUAUCUGAUCCGUGGUUGGAUCACACGCAACAGAAAAACAAAAACGAAGGAGGUUUCACUUCUGGCAGACAGCCUUUUUUCCUCCUGAUGCGAGUGUCCCGGUGCUAUUUUUGGCACACUGGUCACACAGCCUUCGAUCUCAGGGAUGCGAGUGAUUCUCGAUCACGGCUGUGUGGCCGUUGUUGGAGGAGAAUCUUCCCAGUACCGGUCAGCAUGUCGGUUGGAUGGCAUUGGUAUGAUAGUACGCGUUAUCAAUAGAGAAAGGGAAAAUUACAAACGGAAGGUGUAGGGAAAAUUAUAAGCGGAGGUUUCACGGAGGUUUAGGGAAAAUUACAAACGGAAGGUGUACUUUUUUUUUUGUUGUUGACGCACAGGGCCAUGCUAAUGUUCUCUGUAUCGUUCCAAUUCAACGG